AUGUCCUUUUCAAGUUGUAUCAAUGAAAAUGUCUCCAGUCUUCUGGCAGAAUUCACAGAAACCUUUGUUUUGGCAGAUCAGCCGCACACUUCUACACCAAGCGAGUUCAAUGCCUUGCUGCGAGGCAUCGUUCCGCCGCGGGGGGAGCGUUUUAACCACGAUUACCAUGACACUUGUAUGUAUAUCACCCGAAGCAAGAACGCGAACAUAGUAGCCUACACCGUGAAUUUAGAGUCGUCUUUUCAUGCGCAGAAUAAGGGAAAGGCUGCCGACGAUACAUCAAAAAAAGAGGACACUGCUAAUAGGAAGAGUAGUACUCCUGACAGCCCUAUCAAUUCCAAUUUUUCAUAUUAUUCUAUUCCCACGACUAGCAAAGGUUCCCUGGUAUUAUCUGGAAAAGGAGCGGAGUGUGAAAUUAAUGUGGAUAAUCCCAUUCACGCAUAUUUCAUAAGCUUGGAGCCCUCAUACUUAAAGGAGCGCCGCCGCAAGGGUCUAAACUAUGAUUGCGAUGAUUUAAGUUUGAUUGAAAGGAAGUUAGCCUAUGGCUACCGCCACAAGAUCCUCCAUUGUCAUAAUAAUCUUGACAAGCUGAAGGAACUUUUGCCAUCGAAGACGCACACCGUAUUCGCAGAAUUAAAUAAAGAACAGAUGUCGAUGGUGGCGGACUGGUGGUCGUUUUUUACACCCAUCGUUAUCCAGUUCGUAGCGGCAGCGGGGCUGCCUUGUAUUUUGCUGCGGUUGAGCCCCAUUAAAAAAGACACGUCUCCCCCUGCAUGGGUGCAAUCUCACGGGACUUCUUCUUUUUCGGAUGAGGAUACCCUCUCAGUGAUCGUUUCCAAAGUUGAUGGUCAACUAUGUGUGAUGGAGAGGGCUUACAUUAUGAGUAUCGAGCGCUUUAUGCGCUUCCCCAAAGUUGAGUACGUGGAUAUUUUUGGAGUAUCCUUGAUAACUGGAGAGAUAAUUUCCUUUAGAUGGCUUAACAAAGGCAAGCAUUCUUACUAG